AUGUUUCAUUUAGCUAAGGGUUUGUAUAAGAACUGGAAUCAAAAGGAACAGUAUUCAGUCCUCAUAUUGGGUCUCGAUAACGCAGGUAAGACUACGUUUUUAGAGCAAUUGAAAAAACAAUAUGAUAUAGCCUCGAAAUCUGCUGAUAGAAUUAAACCAACGGUGGGACAAAAUGUCGCCAUAAUACCGAUAAAUAAAUCAAUUAAUUUGAAGAUUUGGGACAUUGGUGGACAUGAAUCUUUAAGAUCCAUGUGGUCAAAUUAUUAUCCGAAUUGCCAUGGAAUCAUAUUCGUUGUCGAUAGUACAGAUAAUCUUAGAAUUAAUGAAUGUAAAGAUGCAUUGACAAAGCUGAUAACAGAUGAUAACGUCGAAGGAAUACCUAUCUUAAUGUUAGCAAAUAAGCAGGAUAGACCGGAUACGAUGGAAAUUCAAGAUAUUAAAGAAAUUUUUAACCAAAUUGCUGAACAUUUUAAUGCAAGAGACAGCCGUGUCUUACCAAUGAGUGCUUUAAAUGGUGAUGGUGUUAAAGAUGCUCUAGAUUGGCUCCAAGUAAGGUUGGAAAGAAACAAGAAAAAUAGGCCCCCAACUCGUAAAUGA